AUGGAGACGUACCACGGUUACGUGCGUACUCCCAACGACGCCAUCAAGUUGUUUGAGGCAUGUCGGCUGGGGUUGUUGCCUCGGGUACAACGGCGACUAUCUGAAAAAGAGAGACAGUCGAUCCGCUCAGGCUCCGUCUUCGUGUGGGAUGAAAGGGAGGCUGGCAUGAGACGGUGGACAGACGGAAAGUCGUGGAGUGCAAGUCGUGUAUCGGGCAGCUUCCUGACCUAUCGCGAAAUGGAAGGCAAGCGGGGAGGGGGCUUUGGGAGCGGGCGACGGGGCGCUGGAAAGACGCCCGACUCUGGCCGUGGCAGCGAUGAGGAUCACGAUGAUGGCGAGCCCGAGGGCUAUCGAUACAAAGCCGACGGUCUGAUGAAGCAGUCUUUUAGUAUCACUACCUCAACCGGCCAACAUCUUCAUCUAAUUUCCUACUACUCGCGCCCUCAACCAGGCCAACCCGAUCUCCCUCAGCCCAGCUCCGACCCUUCUCUUAGAGGAAUCGCUCCGCCCAAGGGCAUGUAUCCAGAGUCUAGCAUGGGCGAGACGAACCAGACUCCUGCUCUUACUCGGGUGCCGAUGCAACAGCCGUACAUGAUUGCCUCUCACCACGCCCACGCUCACCAACAGGCCUAUGUUCACUACGCUCCGUCGGGAUACGGCUGGCCACCAUCACCUGCCGCCACGCCUCCAUUCUCGCACUACGCACCAGCGCCGUUCCCGCCUGGUGUUCAUCCUCAUGCUCUUCCUCCUCCCCACCUCUCCCAGGCGCCUUCGCAACACCCUGCCGCGUAUGCGCCGCCUCACUAUACUCACGCUCCUCCGCCUCCACACUACGACCGUCCCUCGUUGCCGCCUCUGCAGCAGUCCAAGCCCGCCUCGAUGCCGGCCUUGCAACGGGGAGCAUCGCCGCACAGGCUCCAGGAAUCUCCCGGACACAGGGAACGAAUAGGCUCGCACGGGCCGCUGCCAACGCUCAACUCGGUCGGCGUCGCAGUCCCACAUUCCACCAUGACGACCCCGACGCGUAAUCACAGCGUGAGCCCGCCGAGAAAUUUUCACGAAAACGGGUUGACCAGUGCCUUUACCAACGGUCACAGGUCUAGCCUGUCAGCGCUGCUACACCCUACGAGCGACUCUCCCGGCAUUAAAACUGCCACCAAUGGCUCCGGCAGCAGCAGUCCACGGGUAAACGGAGCUGUUUCGGAGAAAUGUGGCGUCAGUGAGGAUGCCAGAGCGUUACGAAUGCUGGACAGGAAGUUCUGCAUUUAA